AUGCGCUCGCCUCAGAGGAGGAGACUGGGGCGCAGCCGCGUCCUCUUCUUCGUCUCCGGCGUGCUGCUGUGCUUCGUCUACACGCUGACCCUGAAGGCCUCCGUCCAGCCCCGCCGGCCGGACGGCGCCCUGGAGCUCAGCGUCCGGGAGGUGGCGCCCUCCAAUGAGACGGAGGAGACGGAGGAGGAGCCGGAGAGCGCCACGCCUCCUCUGGUGGUGCUGGUCAACAGGACGGACAUCGAGCAGUGCGUCUACAUAGACCCCCAACCUCCCAGACCGCCUCCGACACCCCCGCCUCCCCCCACCGCCGCCCCCCCGCCGCCAACGCCGCCGCCCCACAAGAAGGGCGACUACCCGGAGGACCUGUUCUCGGUGGAGGAGCGGCGGCAGGGCUGGGUGGCGCUGCACGUCAUGGGCAUGUCCUACAUGUUCGUGGCGCUGGCCAUCGUGUGCGACGAGUUCUUCGUGCCGGCGCUGGAGGUCAUCACCACCAAGCUGCAGAUCUCCGACGACGUGGCGGGCGCCACCUUCAUGGCCGCCGGGGGCUCGGCCCCGGAGCUCUUCACCUCCCUGAUCGGGGUCUUCAUCUCGCACAGCAACGUGGGCAUCGGCACCAUCGUGGGCUCGGCCGUCUUCAACAUCCUCUUCGUCAUCGGCAUGUGCGCCAUCUUCUCCCGGGAGAUGCUCCACCUGACCUGGUGGCCCCUGUUCCGGGACGUGACCUUUUACAUCCUGGACCUGAUGAUGCUCAUCGUUUUCUUCCUGGACAACACCAUCCUGUGGUGGGAGAGCAUGAUGCUGGUGAUGGGCUACGUGUCCUACGUCAGCUUCAUGAAGUUCAACAGUCAGAUCGAGCGGGCCGUGAAAGGCCAGCUCAACAAGCACAUGAGCAUCGUCAAGGCCUGGAGCGGCGAGGAGCCGGAGAAGGAGAGCGAGGCCGCGGCCCCUCCCGCCGCUACGUCCAAGGCUGAGGACAAGUCCAAACCCGAAACGGCGGCGGCGGCGGCGCCCCCGAGCACCCCCCAGCGCGGCAACCCGCCCCAGGAGGAGGAGAAGGCCAGACUCAGGGCGCGUCCCGUCCUGCAGAGAGGCGGCAGCUCCGCGUCCCUCCACAACACCUCUCUGAGGAACACCAUUUUCCAGCUCAUGAUCCACACCCUGGACCCUCUGGGAGAAGAAGCAGCCCUUAGAGGGGCCGUUAAACCCCCCCGAGUGAAGAAAGUCAGAGGAGCAAAGAACAAAAUAAAGCCUCUGAGCGUCCCGGCGACGGAAAAGCCGGCGGACGAGCCGCCCCCCCCCCACGCCCAAGAUGAGGAUCAGAAGCCAAAGUCUGAGCCGCCAGCCGCCGCCGCCAUCGCCGGCCCUCCGGAGGCCGCCGCCGAUGAGCCGUCCACCUCACAGGCCGCUGACCACGAGGAGGCGGCCGGAAAGGCCGAGGAGUCAAAGGCGGCGGCCUCAGCUGAGGGGUCAGAGGUCAGCGGCGGGGACGAGAGCGGCGAGGGGGAGAGCAGCGAGUCCGGCCAGGAUGAAGAGGAGGAGGAGGAGGAAGAGGAGGGCGGUGGGGGGGAAGAUAAGGAUGAAGGGCGAGAAGAGAAGGAGGAGGAGGAGGAGGAGGAGGAGGAGAACGAGCCGCUGUCCCUGCUGUGGCCCCAGACGCCCCGAAAGAGAAUCACAUACCUGCUGCUGCUGCCCAUCAUAUUCCCCCUCUGGAUCACACUGCCAGACGUCCGCAACCUGGCCUCCAGAAGGUUCUUCGUGGUGACCUUCCUGGGCUCCAUCUUUUGGAUCGGCAUCUUCUCCUACCUGAUGGUGUGGUGGGCCCACCAGGUGGGGGAGACGGUGGGCAUCUCGGAGGAGAUCAUGGGCCUGACCAUCCUGGCCGCGGGGACCUCCAUCCCAGACCUGAUCACCAGCGUCAUCGUGGCCCGCAAAGGCCUGGGGGACAUGGCCGUGCUGCCGGUGCCCUGGCUGAUCUACACCUCCCUGCACGGGGGGGCCCCGGUGGCCGUGAGCUCCAACGGGCUGUUCUGUGCCAUCGUGCUCCUCUUCCUCAUGCUGCUCUUCGUCAUCGUGUCCAUCGCCGUGUGCCGCUGGAGGAUGAGUAAGCUGCUGGGCCUCACCAUGUUCGCCCUCUACUUCGUCUUCCUGGUGCUCAGCGUCAUGCUGGAGGACCGGGUCCUGGUCUGCCCCAUCUCCAUCUGA